ACCACAGGGCACGAAAGACAAACACGGACAUUCCCAUUUCAGCCUAACCUUCGAAGCCUCAACUCUCUCCUUUCUCUCGCUAUCCCUCUCCGUCUUCUCGCCGGAAAAACUUAGGGGCUUCCCGGAGGCGCUCUGACAUGGCGAACAACCCGCCGGAGGGGUAUGCCGGGGGUGACGACUUCCUCGAGCAGAUACUCGCCAUCCCUUCCUACGCCGGCCUCUCCGUCACCGACGUCGGCGGCGCUUCUUCCGACACCGCUUCCACCAUCUCCCAGCUCAGCUCCGCCGCUGGCGGCCUCCAGCAGCAGCUGUUUCCGCUCGGGUUGAGCUUGGAUAACGGCCGAGAUGACGUCAGCGACACCGGAGGCUUUGCUGUGAAGCCUGAAAGAGAAGCAGUGAACUUGGGGAAUUUGUAUUCAGGGCUGGAACAUUUGCAGCCUCAUACUGUUCGCCAUACUGUUCCGGCAGUUCAUCAAGUCCAGCCUUUUCAAGGCCAACCAACACCGAGCACAGCGGUUACUGUCCCACACCCACCAGCUAUCCGACCUAGGGUUCGAGCACGAAGAGGACAGGCCACAGAUCCUCACAGUAUUGCUGAGAGGUUACGAAGAGAGAGAAUAUCGGAAAGAAUAAAAGCUCUGCAGGAACUUGUUCCCAGCUGUAACAAGACAGAUAGGGCUGCAAUGCUGGAUGAGAUUCUGGAUUAUGUGAAGUUCCUGCGUCUUCAAGUUAAGGUACUGAGCAUGAGUAGGUUGGGUGGAGCUAGUGCGGUGGCACAACUUGUUGCAGACAUUCCACUGGAGUCUGUUGAGGGUGAAAGUGGCGAAAACCGAGCUAACCAGCAUGUUUGGGAGAAGUGGUCAAACGCUGAGACAGAAAGGGAGGUAGCUAAGCUGAUGGAAGAAGACGUCGGGGCAGCUAUGCAGUACCUCCAGUCGAAAUCGCUGUGCAUCAUGCCGAUAUCGCUUGCUGCACUCAUCUACCCGACUCACCAAUCGGAUGACUCCUCGGCCAUAAAGCCCGAACCAUCUGCCCCGUCUUAGACCCCAUACCCGUUGCACGUGCCUAAGCGAGCUCCUAAUGGCCCCCCCGUGUCCCGUUCCCCUUUAUAUCUCUUAUCGUCAUCACUUCCAUUCCAUGGCAGUGCAAAUCAAAGUCAGAUGCCACAAUUUUGCUUUUUAGCACAGCCAUUGGGCACUUUUGUCAAACAAGGUAUGAUGUCACAGCUUGAAGAAGAAAGGCAGAAAAGCACUUAAUAUCCAUUAUUAACAUGCUCAAAAAGAGGUGAGCAUAUUAUUCAAACUUAUCAUCUAUCAUUCUCUACUACUCAGCCUUUCCUUUUAGUUUUUUUUUUUUUAAUUUUGUGGGAUGGUGGGGACAUUUUGUUUUGUAUGAUGACAUUAUAAAAGCAGUGAGUGGUAGGUGUAAGUAAGUAAAAUUGUAUUUUAAGUUUAAUCUGUUGGAAUGGAUGAUGCAAGUGGAAUUUGUACCAUGUUGCUUCUUGUCUGUCUGUCUUCCUGUCUCUGAUGUGGUCUGUACUCAAUUCAAGGUGGACUUUGCC